UCAAAUAACAAGUGAGGGAAGUUUUGUUAACUAUAUUUUGCAUUUGACUUAUUAAGUUAGAGAAAAACAGCAUCACCAUUUGCAUCUAUGGCUAAACUCCAUCACCUCAUUCUCCUUCUUCUCCUCUUCGCUACUCUUCAAUCUUCUUCUCCCUUCGUUUCUGCUUCACCCUCAAAUCACAUCUACAACGUUGGACAAAAUGUCCCAUUUUUCGUCAACAAACUAGGACCCUUCAACAAUCCCGGUGAAACAUAUCAAUACUAUCAAUUACCAUUCUGCAAACCAGACCCAAUUGUGAAAAAGAAAGAGUCUCUUGGUGAAGUUCUCAAUGGUGAUCGUUUGACAAAUGGGUUGUAUGAGUUCAAGUUCAGGGAAGACAAGAUUGAUGAAACAUUGUGUCAAAAGAAGCUUACAAUUGAUGAAAUUGGAACCUUUAAGCAAGCGAUAAAUAGUGAAUUUUACUUUCAGUUUUAUUUGGAUGAUCUUCCAUUUUGGGGGUUCAUUGGGAAGCUUGAAGAUGAAAGCUUGAUUCAUAGUGGGGGAGGAUCAAAUUAUUACCUUUUUACACAUGUUCAAUUUGAUGUUCUUUACAACGGGAACCGAGUCAUAGAAGUAAAAGCGUUUGGUGAUCCGAAUCGAGCUGUAGAUAUAACCAAAGAUGUUGACAUUGAUAAUGUUAAGUUCAGUUAUUCUGUUAUCUGGAAUACCACUGAACUACAUUUUGAGAAUAGGAUGGAGAGAUACUCGAGAGCUUCGUUGCUGCCUUUGUAUCGUCAAGUUCAUUGGUUCUCUUACAUUAACUCCGUUGUCAUCAUUUUGCUUUUGGUUGGUUUGCUUGCCCUGCUUUAUUCAAGACACUUGAAGAGUGAUAUAAAAAAGUAUUCUAGUGCAAACGAAGAAGAUAGGGAGGUUGGUUGGAAGUCAAUCCAUGGCGAUGUAUUCAAACAUCCUCCAAACUCGUCCUUAUUGUUUGCUGUCGUGGGAACGGGUACCCAAUUGCUAAUCUUGCUUUGUGUCAUACUGUUCCUAGCAUUUAUCGGUACCCUCUAUCCAUACAAUCGUGGCGGACUCUCGAAUUGUCUUGUCUUUUUAUUCACUCUUUCAUCUGUUUUUGCUGGUUACUCAACAGCAUCCUUCCAUGGCAAAUUUGCUGAAGAUGGAUGGGAGAGGUGUGUUGGUCUAGCGGGAAUUCUUUACAUUGGACCAGUGUUUGUUACGGUCUCAAUCCUCAACAUUAUUGCAAUAUCUUACAGGGUUACGGCAGGACUCCCAUUGGGCUCCAUUCUCGUGAUUCUUAGUUUAUUCGUAUUUGUUGCAAUCCCAUUGCUUGCAUUUGGAGGAUUGAUCGGACACCGUCUUAGGUCAAAGUUUCAAGUCCCCUCUGCUACAAAGAGAUAUCCUAAAGAGAUUCAACAGCUUCCUUGGUACAGGAGAACACCGUUUCAAAUGUUUAUUGGAGGUUUUGUGCCGUUUAGUGCAAUAGUCCUGCAAUUACAUCAGGUGUAUGCUAGUACGUGGGGAUACAAAAUAUACACUCUUCCUGGCAUUUUGGUUGCCACACUCAUCACCGUCGUCGUGAUUAUUAUGCUCGUAAACAUUGGCUUGACAUACAUUCAACUAUCCGAGGAAGACCAUGAUUGGUGGUGGAGAUCUGUGCUCUGUGGUGGUUCACCAGCCAUUUUCAUGUUUGCAUAUUGUAUCUACUUCUAUGCAAGAUCAACAAUGAGUGGAUUCUUACAACUAUCUUUCUUCAUUGGCUACAAUGCAUGCAUAUGCUAUGCUUUCUUCUUGAUAUUUGGUGCCAUCAGUUUCCGAGUUUCGUUGCUUUUUGUUCGCCAUAUAUACCACAAUGUUAAAAGGGAGUGAGUCAUCAAUGUCAAUCACUAAGCAACAUUGGUUACCAUUGAUGAACUCUUCUCUUCGGAAAGUGAACUCUACACAGUAUGGUAACAGUUUAUUCCCUGGUUGAAUUCUUCAACAAGGACAUUUUGUGCUCAAUUUGUAUGCUGAUGACUAAAUAUUUGACAUUUUGGAAAAGCUUUGGGGUAACAGAAAGAGAUGAGUGGAAUCAUAGAGGAUAGGUUGUUAGAAUUGGAAACCUGGCUAAUUAAGUUUCAAGCUGUUUAUGAAGAAGCCAAAAUGUUUGGUUGCACAUUGACAAAUUGAUUUUCAUUGAAUUGAUUAUGUAACAUUUGGUUUUUAGUAAAUUGAGUUUACUGUAAAAUGAUUUAUCUUAA